GGUUGGACAUGGGGUGGAGCUUUGCACUGUCACUAUCUCUCUUGUUAAGUAUUACCUGCAGAGCUUCAGUAGGCUGGCAGCACUGUGCUGUGUGUGAAUGGGACUAAAAGUGAAGAAAACACCAGGCAUUGCGAAAUCAAGGGGACCAUCUUACAUUUUUAUACCAGGACAUUGUAGUGCAUCUAUUUUAUUUUCAAAAGUGCAGUGCAACUAGCUAUAAAUAUGGCUGGUUGUCUGCAAAGAGAGAGGUUGAGUACAGCAAGAGCACUUCUGAAAUGCCUCUUUGCAUUGUUUUCAUUAGGAUGUUGUCUCUCUACAGUGAAUUCAAAUCCUUUUGACAGAGUUUUUCAUCAUAGGCACCAAUCUGGACCUAGUGCUGAAACAAUCUUGGUAGCCAACAAUGGAAUUAGAGUUCCCUUUGGACGCUCUGUGUAUCUGGACCCUGUCAAUGACCUUGUGACCGAAGUGCAUACAGGAGACCGCUGUCACAUUACAGUGCUGGACAAUGACCCACUUGCACAGAGACCUGGAAUGUUAACACCUAAGAAGUUCCCCUGUGCUUUUGGAGCAGAAGAAGUAAAAUACACCCACUUUGGUUCCCGGAGCCCCAGCAAGGACCACAUAAAACUGCAGUUGAGGUAUGACUCCCACACAGACACUGUGGUGGUUCCUUUCCUUCUUGAAGUAGAGGUGGUUUUUCAGCAACUGGAGAUUCUCACACGUAACAUACCUUUAGUUGUGGACAAGCUUAAUGGGCUAAGCAACCCAAUUGACAAAAAAACUUUGGAGUUUGCUUUUGAAGAUGGUGUCACAAAAUGCAAGGUGACCACACUAGCUGGUGCUGGCAAACUUCCCAGGUAUGGCACUCUUACUGAUAACUCAAUUAAUGGCCAGAUGAUUGAUUGUGAUGAUUUUCUCAAGAAGGGAAUUCAGUAUCAACACACUGCCACUACCAAUUCUCCUAACAGAGACUACAUUCCAAUGCUAGUAGAGGUACAAGACAAUGAUGGUAAUAUUAUUCAACAGGAGCAUUUUCAGAUAAUGGUUAGAAUCAAAGAGGGUACUGAAAAUACACCACCGAAGCCUAGCUUUAUAUCUAUGAUGAUGAUGGAGAUUGACCAAUUUGUGAUGACAGCUAUUACUUUAGAUAUGCUGGCAGCUGAGGACAUUGAAUCAAAAUCUGAUCAAUUAAUUUUUAACAUAACUUCUCCCCUUGGCUAUCAGCAGGGCUAUAUCAUCAGCACAGAUGAUCAAAAUCAGCCAAUCACAUCAUUUUAUCAGAGAGAUGUUAAAGACCUGAAAAUCGCUUAUAAGCCUCCCUCUGAGGAUUCAGAUAUAGAACGGAUUUUCCAGAUUGAAUUUGAAAUUGUUGAUACUGAUGGAGCUGUUUCUGAUCCUUUUGCUUUCAUGAUUGUUGUAAAACCAAUGAACACUUUAGCCCCAGUUGUAACAAAAAAUACAGGGCAGCUGCUUUUUGAGGGUCAGUCAAGAUCCCUAUCCAGUUCGCAAAAUUUAGAGAUUAGUGAUGAGGACAAUCUUGAUAAUGUGAAGAUUACUGUAGUUGAUGGAUUAAAACACGGAGAGCUAACAGUGUUGGGGUCUCAAAGAAAAUUUUUCACACCUGCUGAUCUGGAUGCUGGUAUUGUGUUAUACCAGCAUGAUGGAAGUGAUACAUACAGUGAUAACAUUAUAUUCAGGAUGACUGAUGGCAGUAAUGAGGUAGAGUUUUUAUUCCCCAUUACAAUUGCCCCCACCGACGAUGAACCCCCCAUUAUAAAUGCCAAUACUGGGAUUGUGCUAUUUAAAAAUGAAGUGAUGCAGAUUUCCCCAUUUAUCCUGAGUGCUACUGACAUUGACUCAGAAGAUUCAACUAUUAAAUUUAUAUUAGAAGAGCCAUACUCUGCAAUUGGCGAGCUGAUCCUUAAGCAGGUGGAGCCUCCACUAGACCCAUCUGCAUGGAAAUUCAGUGCAACAGAUGAGAUGUUUGAACAGGUGGUGACAGAAUGGUUCCAGCAGGAUAUUCUGGAUGGAAAGCUGUUUUAUCGUCACAAAGGACCUCACAGUACAACCACUGUGAUUGACCAGUUUGUCUUCAGAGUCCAGGAUGACAACGACCCACCAAAUCAAUCAGGAGAGCACACAUUCACCAUUAAAAUCCAUCCAGUGGAUGACAUACCUCCAGAGCUUUACCCUGGCACAACACUACACAUGACAGUCAAAGAAUAUGAGCUGACAUUUUUUAAGAAGACGUUUCUACGUUACACAGAUCUAGACUGUGAUGACAGGGACCUUAAGUACACCAUUAUCAAACCUCCUACUGACACAGAUGAAAACAACCCGAUUCCUCUUGGUGCCAUUGUACUGACUGACAGCCCUGGCAUUAUCAUAAGUGAGUUUACGCAAGCUCAGGUCAACCACCAUAAAGUGGCAUACAAACCCCCAGACCAAGAGCUCGGUAUUACUCCAAAAAUGGUCCAGUUUACAUUUAGUGUGGAGGACACUGCUAGCAAUUCUGUUGAUGGAGUUUUUACAAUCAUUUUACAGCCUGUUGACAACAAACCCCCUGUAAUUAUCAACACUGGUUUCACUGUUCUGGAGCGAAAUACCUUUAUAAUAACCAAAAAUGAAUUAGAUGCCUCUGACCAGGACACUGAGGAUGACCAUAUUAUAUUCACAGUGACCCAGAUUCCAAGGUUUGGACAGCUGCAGUAUUUGGGAAUUGACAUGUCUAAUGGAGAGACGUUUGUGCUGGAGGACAUUGAAAACAGUCGACUGGCCUAUAUCCACAGUGGUGAAGAAUCUCUCAGUGAUGUCAUUAAGCUAGACAUUAGCGAUGGCUUCCAUGAAGUGCCAAUUGUCAUUAAGCUUAGCAUCAAACCUGUCGAUGACGAAUCUCCAACCAUUAAGUUACCAGCCGGUUUGUUAGGGGCCUCCAUCGAUGUACUUGAGAAUGGUGCAACAGAAAUUACCAGCAAUGUCAUCCAGGGUCAUGAUGAAGACACAGAUGACCUCAUGCUCACAUUCAUAGUUGAGGAGCAUCCUAAGUUGGGAGAAAUAAUGGUUAGGGGAGCUCGUGCUGAGCGAUUCACUCAGCAAGACAUAAUUAAUGGUGCGGUCGUCUAUGUUCACACUAGCGGUGAAAUCGGCCCUAUAAAAGAGCAUGACUCCUUCAACCUCACUAUAUCUGACAUGUCUGAUGAAUGGGUUGUUGGUGGCAACAAAGUCCAAGGAGUUCGUGUACAUGUCACCAUCUUACCUUUAGACAGUAUUCCACCUAUUGUUAGUGUGGGCAGCCAGUUUGUAGUCGUAGAGGGAGAAAAAAAUGCUAUCACAUUAGAGCACAUUCAAGCUGAGGAUAUUGACACUAAUAACGAUGAUAUCUUGUGCACUAUUAUUGUUCAGUCCACAUCUGGCUAUGUGGAGAACAUUUCCCCAGCUCCAGGGUCUGAAAAAUCUAGAGCAGGCACUGCUAUCACUGCUUUUACUAUUAAGGAUGUUGGUCUCAACCACAUCUAUUACGUCCAAAGCAUUCACAAGGGUGUGGAGCCAGUGGAGGACAGAUUCACUUUCCGCUGCUCUGAUGGUAUUAACUUUUCAGAGAGGCACUUUUUCCCCAUUGUCAUCAUCCCAGCCAACGAUGAAAAGCCAGAGAUAUUCAUCCGUGAGUUUGUCGUCAUGGAGGGAAUGAGCUUGGUAAUUGACACUCCUAUUUUAAAUGCUGCUGAUGCAGACAUCCCAGGUGAUGAAUUAUCUUUUGAAAUAAUAAAAAAUCCCAAACAUGGAAACAUAGUUCAGCAGUUGAGCACUGGGACAGUUCCAAUAGUGACAUUUUCCUUAGAGCAGAUCAAGGAGGCAUCUAAUAUUGUUUAUGAGCAUGAUGACUCUGAAACCAAGGAAGAUAGUUUUGAAAUUAGGCUCACUGAUGGAAAACAUACUGUUGAGGAAAAGGUUGUCAUAAUCGUGAUUCCUGUUGAUGAUGAAACCCCAAGAAUGGCAAUCAAUGAUGGUCUGGAAGUAGAAAUCGGAGAAACCAAGGUAAUUAGCAACAAAGUCCUGAAGGCCACAGAUUUAGAUUCCGAGGACAAAUAUCUUACUUACGUUGUCCGUUAUGGCCCCGGCCAGGGCUACCUCCAGCGAAUAACCAAGCACGGAGUUGUCAUCGGCAAUAUUAGCAUUGGAAUGAAUUUUACUCAGGAUGAACUAGACAGACAGUUGAUUCAGUAUGUUCACACAGGCCAGGAAGGUAUCCGCGACCUGCUAAAGUUUGAUGUAACUGAUGGAAUUAAUCCACUCAUAGAUCGUUAUUUCUACAUUAAUAUUGGCAGCAUUGAUAUGGUAUUCCCUGAUGUUAUCAACAAGGGUGUGACCCUCAAAGAGGGUGGUAAAGUCACCCUAACCACAGACCUUCUCAGCACAACUGAUAUCAACAGUCCAGAUGAAUAUCUAAGUUUUAGCAUUACUCGUGCUCCAAGUAGAGGCCAUCUGGAAUGUACCGAUCUCCCAGGUGUGCCUAUUUCCACCUUUACUCAGCUGCAGCUAGCAGGCAACAAAAUUUACUACAUCCACACAUCUGAUGAUGAAGUGAAGAUGGACAGCUUUGAGUUUGAGGUGACGGACGGCUACAACCCUGUGUUCCGCACUUUCCGUGUAUCCAUUACUGAUGUCGACAACAAAAAGCCAGUCCUAAGCAUCAAUAAUCUGCUGCUGGAGGAAGGUGAAAGCAAGCUGAUCACACCCUUUGAACUGACAGUUGAGGAUCGUGAUACACCAGACAACUUCUUGAGGUUUAUAGUGACUCAAGUGCCAGUUCAUGGUCAACUUUUGUUUAACAGAACUCAAGUCAUUACAUCUUUCACGAAGCAGGACCUAAAUGAAAAUCUCAUUACCUACAAUCACGAUGGGACAGAGACAAAUGAAGACAGCUUCUCCUUCACAGUCACAGAUGGAACUCACACUGACUUUUAUGUCUUCCCCAAUACUGUAUAUGAAACUCGUAAGCCUCAGAUGAUGAAAAUUCAUAUCAACACAGUGGACAAUGGAGUGCCUCAAAUUGUUGUCAACAAAGCAGCACCCACUCUCAGAGUCCUUCACACAGGGCACCUUGGAUUUAUGAUUACCAGCAAAGCUUUAAAGGCUGAGGACAGAGACAGCCCAAACAAAGUGCUUAGGUAUGUGGUGACCGAGAGCCCUCUCCAUGGCUUUAUCAUGAAUAGUGCUUCGGGCAAUGACAGCAUCAAGUCCUUCUCACAGGCUGAUAUUGAUGAUAUGAAGAUUUGUUAUGUGCUUCUGGAUGGGUCCAAUGCCACAAGUGACAUAUUUUACUUUGUAGUGGAAGACAAUGGGGGCAACAAAUUGAAGCCACAACCGUUCCGUCUGAAUUGGGCCUGGAUAUCUCUGGACAGGGAUUACUACAUAGUGGAUGAGGAUUCUAAGUUUCUAGAGGUCACCCUCAAACGCCGUGGAUACUUGGGAGAGACAUCAUUUGUUAGCAUUGCCACCAAGGAUGGCACAGCAAAAGUGGACAAAGACUUCCGAGGCAAAGCUCAGAAACAGGUGCAGUUUAACCCUGGCCAAACUACUGCAACCUGGAGGGUUAAGAUAUUCACUGACCAAGAGUUUGAAACUUCAGAGAUGUUCGAAAUCCAGCUCUCAGAACCAGUGAUGGCUGUUCUUGAGCACCCUGAUACAGCCACUGUGGAGAUUGUGGAUCCUGGUGAUGAGUCAACAGUAUUCAUCCCUCAGGCACAAUAUCGUAUAGAAGAGGAUAUAGGAGAACUACUAAUCCCAGUCCAUCGAUCAGGAGAUGUCAGCCAGGAACUUAUGGUGAUAUGUUAUACUCAGCAAGGCAGUGCAACUGGCACCACCCCCAGCACAGUGCUCUCCUAUUCUGACUAUAUUACAAGACCUGAGGACCACACCAGUGUUCUACGCUUUGACAAAGAUGAGAGGGAAAAGCCAUGUCGCAUUAUAAUUAUCGAUGACUCCCUCUACGAGGAAGAGGAAAGUUUCAAUGUGUCCCUCAGUAUGCCUAUGGGGGGCCAGGUGGGAGCCAAGUUCCCCAGUGCCAAGGUAGUCAUCUUGGCUGAUAGUGAUGAUGAGCCAUCUUUCUAUUUUGGUGAGACUGAGUACACAGUAGACGAGAGUGAUGGUUACGUGGAGGUGAAAGUGUGGAGGACUGGCACUGACCUUUCGAAGACAGCCACCGUCACAGUCCGGUCCAGGAAGAGUGAAACUGUAUCAGCUGAAGCGGGUCUAGAUUAUGUGGGAAUCAGCCGUAAUUUGGAUUUUGCUCCUGGUGUGACCAUGCAGACUUUCCGUGUUACUAUCCUGGAUGACCUGGGCCAACCAGAGCUGGAAGGGCCAGAGACAUUCGAGUUGGUGCUGCGUAUGCCAAUGAACGCAGUUCUUGGAGAGCCUAGCAAGACUGUCAUUACUAUAAAUGACACAGUGACAGAUUUGCCCAAAGUCCAAUUUAGGGAGGCAGAGUACAAGGUGGAUGAGGCUGAUGGAGAGUUGAAGGCAAUGGUGCACCGGAGUGGUGACAUCAGUCAGAGAUCCACAGUCCGUUGUUAUACUCGCCAGGGAUCUGCCCAAGUCAUGAUGGAUUAUGAAGAGCGGCCCAAUACUGAUGCUUCCAUCAUAGUGUUCCUACCAGGUGAGAUUGAGAAGCCAUGUGUAGUUACAUUAGUGGACGACACUAUUCAUGAAGAGGAUGAGGAGUUUCGCUUGGUUCUGGGUACACCAAAGAGCAAAUCACCAUAUGGAGCUGCAGUAGGAGAACAAAAAGAGACUCUGGUCAUCAUCACUGACCAUAAGGAUAAAUCUAUUAUCAGAUUUGCUGAGAUUAAAUACAGCAUAAAAGAGCCACAAGUUCCUGGUGAGAUUGCUGUAGUGAAGAUCCCUGUCCUGCGUCAGGGUGAUACCUCCAAGGUCUCUGUGGUGAGAAUUCACACCAAAGAUGGCUCUGCAACGUCAGGAGAGGACUACAAUCCUCUUUCUCAAGAUGUGGAGUUUAAGGAGGGUGAGACAGAGCAUGUUGUGGAGAUCCAGAUUCUGUAUGAUGGACAAAGAGAGAUCCGUGAGGCUUUCACCGUUCACAUGAAGCCUGACGAGUAUAUGGUGGCUGAAACACAGAUGAACAAGGCUAUUGUGUACAUUGAAGAGAUGAAUAGUGUGGCUGAUGUCACCUUCCCAGCUGUACCUCAAGUGGUGUCAUUGCUAUUGUAUGAUGAUACAAUUCGGGCUAAAGACAAUCCUCAUCCUCAAAAUGGAUAUCCUGUUGUGUGUGUGACUGCCUGCAAUCCCAAAUACUAUGACUUUGACAAGACUGGCUCCAUUUGCUCAGUAGAGAACAUCAAUGAUACACUGACUCAGUACAGGUGGUUGGUUAGUGCCCCAAGCGGGCCAGAUGGAGUUACCAGUCCCAUGAGAGAAGUGGACACCAACACCUUCUUCACUAACACCAAGUCUAUCACCCUGGACUCCAUCUAUUUCCAGGCUGGUUCUCGAGUGCAAUGUGCUGCCCGAGCAAUUAACGCCAAUGGUGACGCAGGGCUAGAGCUCAGUUCACCGAUUGUGGUCAUCAGUCGAGAGGAGGGUCUUUGUCAACCUCGUAUAUCUGGCACAGUGGGUGCUGAACCAUUCUCAGCUAAAAUCCGUUACACUGGCCCAGAUGACCCUGACUACCCCAAUCUGAUCAAACUCACUGUCACUAUGCCCCACAUGGAUGGCAUGCUGCCUGUUAUCUCCACACGUCCACUUACCAACUUUGAGCUAACCCUAAGUCCAGAUGGGACACGAGUAGGGAACCACCGUUGCUCUAACCUCUUGGAUUUCAACGAAAUCCAAACAGCCCAUGGCUUCAUUACUGAUGCCACAAAGAACCCAGAAAUUAUUGGCGAGACAUCACCAUAUCAGUACAGUGUGGCCAUGCGUAGCGCCAAUUCUCUUCGCUUCUACCGCAAUCUCAACCUGGAGGCAUGUCUGUGGGAGUUCAGCAGCUACUACGACAUGUCAGAGCUAAUGAAUGACUGUGGGGGAUCCAUUGGCACAGAUGGACAGGUGCUGAAUCUUGUUCAGUCCUAUGUUACACUGCGGGUGCCUCUGUUUGUGUCCUAUGUCUUCCACUCUCCUGUUGCGGUUGGCGGCUGGCAACAUUUUGACCUGCGGUCUGAGCUACGGCUCACAUUUGUGUAUGACACUGCCAUUUUAUGGCAAGAUGGUAUUGGAAGCCCACCAGAGGCUGAGCUGCAAGGUGCCAUGUAUCCUACCAGCAUGAGAAUCAAUGAUGAAGGCCGUCUUGUUGUCAACUUUAAGACUGAGGCUCGAUUCAGGGGGCAGUUUGUCAUGUUGCAUCCAGGAACCACUUUGUCCUCCAUGGUAAUGUCUGCUGACCACCCUGGACUCACAUUUACUCUCACCAUGGUCAGAACUGAGCCAACUUACAACCAGCCGAUGCAACAGUGGAGCUUUGUUUCUGACUUUGCUGUGAGGGACUAUUCUGGUACCUAUACUGUGAAGCUGAUUCCAUGCAGUGCUUCACCUAAUGGGGAGUUCAGCAUUCCCCCUGUGUGUCACCCUAGGGAGCCCCUAACCUUCGACAUGGACAUUCGCUUCCAGCAGGUGAGUGACCCUGUAGCAGCAGAGUUUAGUUUGAAUACCCAGAUGUUCCUGCUGUCAAAGAGGGAGCUGUGGCUGUCUGAUGGUUCAAUGGGAUUUGGAGAGGGCACAGACGUUGCCUUCAGUGAAGGUUCUAAUAUCUAUGGACGUGUGAUGGUGGACCCAGUGCAGAACCUUGGUGACUCCUUCUCUUGCAGCAUAGAGAAAGUGUUCCUCUGUACAGGCGCUGAUGGCUACGUACCCAAGUACAACCCUACCAAUAAAGAGUAUGGGUGUCUGGCUGAUGCUCCAUCCUUGCUUUAUAGACUCAAGAUACUGGACAAAGCCCAGCCAGAAACCCAGGCCACCACUUUUGGAGAUGUACAGUUUCAUGCUACCCUGGCUUUGGAUACCCCUGGAGCCCUUUCAUUGGUUCGGCAACCUGGAUCCGAUGGCUUCACCAUGUCAUCAUCUCCUCUUUUCCAGGUUGCAGCUGGCCGUGAGUGGUUUAUCCACACUAUCUACACAGUCCGCUCUAAAGAAAAUGCCAGCCGUGGUAAAAGAAGCCUUGAGUACCAUCAUGCUUUCUCAUCUGCCAUAGCUGAUCCUGGCACACAAAGCCGCAAUCGACGUGCGGUGCCUGACCCAGAAGUUUUAGACAUUGGUACUGAAAAUAGUAGAGGCACCAACAUCCAGCAUAUUGCCCUUGAGCGCUCCAACCGACUGCGGGUGAGCCAGCCAUGGGGCCGUGAAUCAAACCUGGAGCACCCUCUGGUGGAGGGAAGCCUGGGUAAGGGGACAGGUUCAGAGUUAUCUCUUCCUGCUGGUAUGUCCACAUUGCUGUGGGUGGCUGGGCUUAUCCUGCUGGUAUGUCUGGUAGUAUUACUGGUGGUUAUCUUGAUGCGGUGCAAGAGGAAAGAGAAAAAGUAUCCACCUUAUUCGACUUCAUCCUCCACGGCCUAUAGCAGAGACACCUCAAGCAUGAGGAACACUGGAGACAGCUCUGAGGUUUAAACGGCCCGCUUUUUCCAAAAACCUUUCUGGUUCAUUGAAACAUUCACACCUAAACUGAAUGGUGCUCUGCUCCCAAGACAGACACAGAAUUAUUCAGUGUGAGGAAACUUCAGUGCUGUCAUUUUAGGCCUCAGUCAAAAUGACACCACUUCAUUUGUGGCUUCAUAUGCAGCUAGGGCCAAGUUACAACUACAAUUAAAUGUGAACUGCUAAAUUGUCAUCAAACAGGCAGUGAAGACAUCUCAAUCUCAAUAGAUUUGUAGUAGCUCUCAGUCAAAACAAAUGGAGGUUGCUUGUUGACUUUGAAGUACUACUGCUAUUGUAGUGUGCUCCUAUUGAUGACAUCCUAUCUAUGAACCAGUGCUGACUGUUCUAAACCUGUGCUCAGACAAACAGAGUAAUUCUGUGCUUUGCUGUUACUUCCUUCUCAGCUUGUAUCUAUAAAUUGUAACAUUAGCUUCAUUACAUAAAUGAACCCAUUUGUAAGCAAAAAUGGUCACUUUGGCAUGAGUAUUAUAUUGGGCAGCAGUGGUCUCUGUUGGAAGUCUCUGCGCCAUUUCAAUUUUGUAAAGAUUUCUGAGUGUAGUUUUCUUUUUAUAACACAGUCUGUUUUAUUUUCAUUAUAUAUGUAAACAGUUCUUAUGCACGUGUGGAGAUUUAGUGAUCAAAUGAAUAGGCGCAGGAACUACACGUUAAUGUAAAAAUGUUAUCUAUUUUUAUAUGUUUCAUGACAUUAACUGCUGUGUACAAGAGCACAGAUCAGUGUUCCCACAUGAUUGUGUUGCAAAGGGAGCAUGUUUAAGUUUAUUAACUGAAGUUCGUAAAUAGUCAGAAUGUAUUAUUUUUAUACAUUUUGUAAAAAUGUGGUUCAAAAUGACACAAAAUUGUAUGUACACAGCUGCCGAUUUAUAUCUGGUGCUGAAAGAAGAAAGUAUUAACAAUCAUUGUACACAUUAAAGGGGAAGUUUCCUGGACAAGGUUUAGAUUAAUCCAGGACAAGGCCUUAGUUAUAAUAGGAAAUUUUAGUUUUUACAAACAUGCCUUACAAAAACAUAACUGUUGUGCAUCUUGAGACAAAACAAUGGCACUGAUACAUAAAGAUAUGUCAAGGACAAGCCCUGUCCGGGAAACCACCCCUAAAUGUUCCUCUGACAUGUAAUAAUUUUAAAUAUGAAUUACAAAAUGAAAGAAUAUUGAGCCUGCUAAAAAUACUUUCAUACUAUGGUGCUUGCAUUUUUUUUAUUAUAUAACCCUCUGAUAGCCCCUUUGAUUGUUUAAUGUUAGUCAUUGUUUAAUACAUUUUUAAAAUUGCCUUACAAACUAGCCUUUUUUACAACAGUGGAUAGAAAAGAAAUCAUGAAUCAUUAUUCCACUUCCCACAUAUAUUUAUUAUGUGUCCUGUAUUGUCAGCUGAACAUUAAAUAUCACAUCAUAAAAGUUACCAGGAAAUACAGAGAAUCCACUGAAAUAGCAUUAUCCUUGUAGAAAAUUCAAGAACAGUAUGCUCUUUUAUCAUAUUUUGUACUUCAUUUGUGUUUAAUUUAAAACUGCCUCAUCUGAAGAAUUCUUAUAUACAACAGGUAAUGAAUGAUAGUUUUCCUUUCUGUAAUUUUACUUUUUGUUUUCUGUUAAGAUAUUUGUUUUAUCAUAAAGUGCAUCUGUUUUAAUGAGAAAUUAAAAUGCCUACUUCUAUAAUUUGUGG